AUGGCCAGCGCCGAUCCGUCUCCUUCAGCGGCGGCGGCAGCGGAGGCUGCCAGCGACCUCCACUACCUGCUGCAGCCCCUGCACUGGACGGCCGUCAUGCGACACCCAAGUGGCGCCGCCAGCUCACCUUUCUGGUUCCGGCUCUACACCUUCGCUAUGUUAUCCUUGGACCUGUCGUUCGUCUGCUCCACGCUCAUCGUGUUGUUCCGGGAAGGCACAGCAGACAUGGACGUCUUCACACUGACCCUCAGUGUUGCAGACACAAACGGCACCUGGCUCUUCCGCUUGGCGCACACCGUUAUGUGCGAGCGCGCCUUCCAUAAGCUCGCUGGUCAGGUCGGUCACGACUUCGCUGAGUUCCUGACGUGGGACGACAUCCCCCUGCUGCGGGCGCAGUGUCGUGUGGUGCGGCGCUUCACGCUGGCCUACAUCUGGUUUGGCGUGGGCGCCUGCGCCUACUUCCUGGUCUCUCCCGUGUGUGCUGAGGGCCUGCCCUACGUGCUGGCUCUGCCCUUUGACGCGAUGCAGCCGUUGGGCUUUGCCGCCGCGUGGGUCUUCUGCAUGGUGACGUGCCUGCACACCGUGGUGAUGACCAUGGUGCUCGACUCGCUGAACGUCAGCCUCAUUGCGCAGCUACGUAUGCAGCUCACACUGCUCAGCAGCAAAAUUGUAAAUCUCGCCAAAGUGCUGUCAGAGCGAUCUGAGCACUCUUCUGAAACGACUGCCUGUCGUGAAGUUCAUAACCGACUGGAGAAGUGUGUCCGUCACCACCAAGCAAUUAUCAAGAAUGCAGAUUUGUUGGAGAAGACACUGGGUGCGAUGUUGCUGGGGCAGAGCAUAUCUAUUGGCGCCUCAACUUGCUUCCAAAUGUUCCAACUUGCCACGACUGCAAACGGUCUACGACAGGUUGGGAAGUCUGGCUGCUACUUGUACGCGAUGCUUACGGAGCUCUUUGUUUACUGCUGGUUUGGAGAUGACCUCAUUACAGAAAGCGAGAACGUGGCCCUGGCUGCCUACGACGCGGCGACCUUACUGCAGGAAUGUCCUCUGUCCAUCAAACGGUCGCUGCUGCUCCUGAUGCACCGAGCCCAACGGCCUCUGUGCAUCACGGCUAGCGGAUUCUUUCCCCUCUCCAGGGAGUCCUUCGUCGCGGUCGUCAAUGUGUCUUAUUCAUUCUUCGCCAUUUUACGAAAUUUCAAGACGGAAGAGGAGUAACGCGCUUCUUUUUGUAACACUGCU